AGAACAAUUCCGUUUUUCGCCUUGCACGAGGGAGAGAAGAGAGUCCGAGGCCGCAGCGAGAGGCGAGGUGUUCGCCUUUUUCUUUUUCGCCGCUACCUGCGCGGCGCCACGCUCUCCUGUCCUGCCUCUCCCUCCUUUUUCCAUGAGACAGUCUUCCCCGCGUUUCCUGUCAUCGUAGGGCGCGCGACCGACGCGUGCGGCGAGGAUAGAGACCGGGCGGAGCAACCGGCGCCGGCUGCUGCUAGCUAGCUACCUCGGCGGAGCAUGCCGAGAUCCAGGGGGUCCGAGCUGCCGCAGCGGGCGUCGCCGCGGGCACCGCUGCACCUUAAGACGACGGCCUGCUCGGAGGCUAAUGGCGCGCACCACCGUACAGUAGUCGACCGGAGCAGCCCCAAGCUCGCGGACCGCCCCUCGCCGCGCAGUCCGCUUCAUGAGAAAAAGCGCGCGGGGACGCGGGUGGCGGAGCUGGAGGCGAAGCUGGGCAAGGUGCAGGACGAGCUCAAGAAGCUACGGGAGCAGCUCGCGACCGCCGAGGCCGCCAAGAAGGACGCGCAGGUCGCGCUCGAGGAGGCUAAGAAGCGGGUUGGCACCAAGGGGAGCCCCGCUUCCGUCGCCGCGGCGUCUCCGCGCUCCCCUGCUACGGUCGCGGUCGAGAGCCCCGAGAAGACCGAGCAGCUGAAGGUGGCGGAUCAGCCGAAGGCCGAGGAGAGCAGCACAAACUCCCCAGAGACAGAUGUGUUCGAGGUCGUCCGGACCGAGUCGGGGGACAAGGAGAACCAGAGCGCGACCGUCACCGAGGAUGGCGAGGAGGUGAGCUGCGGCAUAAAGGCAGCUUUGGCUGAGAAGGAACUGGAGGAGGAAGAGACAAAGAAGAUGAUCGAAGAGGAGUCUUUUGACACAACGGCCAUCGACGUCGGCGAGAAGGAGAACCCGGAGGUCGCGGAGCUAAAGGCCAAGCUGAUGGCGAAGGACAUGGAGGUCGCCAUACUCACGGCCGACAAUGCCGAGCUCAAGAAGCAAGUUGCAGAAGCUGGGGAGGCGGCCAAGAAAGCUGAGGAUUCGGCGGCGGCCAAGUCGUCCUUGGUCGAGCAGGACCUGAGGGAGAAAGCGGCGCGGGAAGCCCGCAUGAGUGAGCAGCUGAAGGCGUCGGAAGCUGCUCGGGAAGCGCUGGAGGGCGAGAUGCGGCGCCUGCGCGUGCAGACCGAGCAGUGGCGCAAGGCAGCAGAGGCGGCCGCCGCGGUGAUUGGCGGGGAUGCCCACCUCGUCGGCCACAAUGGUAAUGGCUGGGGCUCCCCCGCGACAAUGCCCGAUGACUGCGACGACGAGGGGUUCGGUGGCAAGAGGAAGGGAGCCGGCAUCCGGAUGCUUGGCGACCUGUGGAAGAAGAAAGGGAGCAAGUGAAGGUGACACGGCAUGGCAAUGGUUUGUAUCCGUGUUCACAGUGGUGAGCUUCCUCAGCUCGCUAGCUCUAGCUCCAGCUCCAUACCCCAUAAAAAAACUAGCACCGUCGUUUACUGCAUUUUGGUUCGGAUUUCACUUGUGUUUGUAUGAUCAUGAGAUGAUGUUCGUGAGAUUUAACUAUGUUUGAAGUGCCGGAGCAUUACAUUGACUGUGAGCAACCAAGAUGGUUUGGUUUUUCCAUGUAGUUCUGAAUGCUUGUAAUGCUAGAAUGAUCUCGAGGCAGGGAAUGAUCUCUGGAAAUUCAAGAUGUUA